UUCCCCACAUCAACAAGUAAAAGCCCUUACUUUCUAGGGUUUCUCUUCAUUUCUUUCUAGACGAAAUUUCCAUCAUCUCUCGCUAACAACAAUGGCAUCUCAGAGCAGAAAAGCAGCUAUAACAAGCGGCAACGGAGAAGGAAUCUUAUCUAGGGUUUCAAGUAGUGUAUCUGAAUCAAGAGUAGUUUACCAUGGGAAAAAUGCUGCAUCCACUACAGCUUAUUUUACUAAGAGACUCGUCAAGAGUACUGGUAAAGCAGCUUGGAUUCUUGGAACAUCUUUCUUGGUUCUCGCCGUUCCUUUCAUCAUAACAUAUGAUCGUGAUCAACAGAUUACUGAACUUGAGUUGCAGAAUGCUAGUUUGCUUGGAACUCCAGCUCCUGCUGGCAAGUGAAAUUGAACGAUUCGGUUUCAAUCAGGUCAGAAAAAUGAUGAUUUCUUUCUAGGGUUUUGUCUGAGAUUUUAGGGCUUUUUAUGAGGAGUUGUGAAUGGUGAUUUUGAGGUCUUUUGAUUUGUCGCAGUGUAAUAACGGGGUUUACUUUAGUGGAUUUUAUAUAAUAUAGACGGCGUUAAGAAUGUAGAAUCUGUCUUUUGUUUCUAUGAAAUUCUCUGCUUAAUCAAUACAUUUUAUUACAAAGGUGUCAUCUAUCUGGCUUAUUUAUGAGGUACUUUUAGGGUUUACUUGCUUUUUUAUCAGUCUUUUCUGCUUGAUUUCGAAUGUCACUUUUUUGAUUUGUUACUGCUGCUGGAUGUAGUCUUAAUUCUGUAUCGACAUGGUUAAUUUUGUUUAUGAAUUUGAUACUUUUGCACAGCAUAAUUGCGGGUAUCAUUUGCGAUUA